UGGAUUUUGGAUUAAACACAUUCGCAAGGUCUUCCCUCCGCAAGGAUAACAUGUAUUUGCAGCCGCCCAUGCCUCAUCAACACCUGCUUCAUCGCAUACGUCUGCCGCUGUUGCUGCUCUUUUUCCUUUGCUACUUUGCAAGCAGCCAAGCCAAAAGGAAUUCACGCCGCCUGCCACGCGAUGAGAUCCACGAAUACGCCAUACAUCAGUACAACUAUGCCGAACGCGAUAUUCAGGAGGCGAGUGGUAGCGCCUCGGAUUUGCGCGGAGAGGAAUCGAAACGCGUAGAAAUUCAAUUGCCCCCACCAAAUGCCAGCAAGGAUAGUGGCACGUUGCGCGGUAAACGCGGUGCAAAGAAAUUUCGUCACUUCGUACAUGUGGUGAAACCGGCGCAUAACAAGAAAAAGAAGUUGAAUGCACCAUCGAAACAUCACAACCAUCAACAUCGUCAACAAAAUAGCGCCGAAAGGGAGAGUGGUGCUAGAGAUUUGCAUACGUAUGAGGAAACGCACGAACAUGUUGUAGAACCGCCGAGAAAAAUGCCAUCCGAGCAAAAUUCUGAGUUUGUUCCAUCGCCCAUAUUUUCACCCUCACCUGCAUUUAACUCGGCUUCGGAGACGCACAGUGAACCGCUAACUCAAGCGUCAGAGUCGUUUGCAACGCACGCCUUUCUCAAACCACCAGCAGUGCCUUAUGAUGAUCCACAAAUAAGUGGCUCCGAACAUCAUGAACAUAUGCACGAAGAACACGAAGAAGAAGAGCACCAUCACGAGAAGAUCAAAGUGAAACAUCACCAUCACCAUCAUCAUCAUAAUCAUGUGAAAGAGAUAAUUAAGAAGGUACCGGAGCCAUAUCCUGUGGAAAAGGUUGUACACGUGCCAGUGGAGAAGAUAGUGGAAAAAGUGGUGCAUGUGCCUAAACCGUAUCCGGUGGAGAAAAUUAUUGAGAAGAAAGUACCAUAUCCGGUAGAAAAAAUAGUUGAAAAAAUAGUUGAGAAAAAAGUACCAUACCCGGUGGAGAAAAUUGUCGAGAAAAUUGUUCAUAUACCUGUGGAAAAAGUUGUGCAUAUUCCAAAGCCGUAUCCGGUGGAAAAAAUCGUCGAGAAAAAAGUACCAUAUCCGGUGGAGAAAAUCGUUGAAAAGGUGGUAGAGAAGAAGGUACCAUAUCCCGUUGAGAAAAUUGUUGAAAAAAUUGUGCAUGUGCCCAAACCAUACCCCGUAGAAAAAGUAAUCGAGAAAGUCGUAGAAAAGAAAGUGCAUGUGCCAGUAGAAAAAAUUAUAGAGAAAGUGGUGCACAUCCCUAAACCAUAUCCUGUGGAAAAAAUAAUCGAAAAAAUAGUACACGUACCAAAACCUUUUCCGGUCAUUAAGCACGUGGCGUACCCUGUUGAAGUUAAAGUACCCGUACACAUAGAGAAGCCGGUGCCAUAUCCAGUUGAAAAGAAAGUGCCCGUACCCUACAGAGUGGAGGUAGAAAAGAAAAUACCAGUACCCUAUAAAGUAGAAGUGGAAAAGAAGGUGCCUAUUUUCAUACAUGCACCUCACGAACCAUACAAGUACGAACACCAUGAGCAUCACGAGCAUCAAGAACACAAGGAGGAAGAACACGAGCAGCAUGAGGACAAAAAGCACGACUUUGAAGAACACAAACAAUUUGAGCAGCAUCAUCAUGACCUUUCUGGCUAUCCCACUAUUCAAAGAGCCAAUUACGCUAAAUUCCAACAACAGAAACAUGCCGCAGCAGCAAUACGCGCCGAACUUCUCCACCAACAGGUGCAUAACUUCGGCUAUAAGAACCCCACCACCUCAGCGCCAACCGAUCUUCAACAAUCUUCCUCGGUUAACACACCAUCUUUAGUUCGUUUCGAACCGACGCCAGUGAAUAAUUUCCUCUCUAAAACAAUGCAACAGGUGCAUAACUUCGGCUAUAAGAACCCUACCACCUCAACGCCAACCGAUCUUAAACAAUCUUCCUCGAUUAACACACCAUCUUUAGUUCGUUUCGAACCGACGCCAGUGAAUAAUUUCGUCUCUAAAAUUCCUACCACUUCAGCGCCGGCUGAUCUCGACUCUUCCGCUUCAGAAAAUAAACCAGCUGUUGUAAGGUUUGAGCCCACAUCACUACCUUUUCAAAUACAUGUAGACGACGGAGCGGCUCUUGAAGAUAGCAGCUCAUCAAAAGAUACGCAAUCUGCUGCUAAUGAUAUGCAAGCGCAGGCCAGCACUCACGGUUUUCGCAUGUUGGCGCGUCUACAGCCGAUUGCAUUACCCCUUCAAUUGUAUCAGUUACAUUCGUUGCCGUUCCAACAGCCUCUGGGGUUUUCCCUCCCAGCAAUGCACUCAGCAGUGACGAGUAACGGAUCCUGAAAUGCGCGAAAAUUCAACACGAAAUACGGACAGUAAGA